UUAAAUUAUUAAAAACAAGUUUGAAGUUUAAAGAGCGUCGUGUAGGAAAGAAAUUGGAAGGUUUUUUAUUGGUAGUAGCAUUUGGCAAGUUUGAAGGACAUACAUGGGGUAAUGAACACUGUACGAGUCUUUGAAAAAGUUAUGGCAACUAGAAAGAAAUAAAGGCAAUGAAAAAGCAAAAGACGAAACAAGGAUUUUGCUGGCCAGAAUUAUAGGAGAAAAGUCACUCUCAUUCCAUCACAAAAUCCAAAUUAAAACAAAACAACGUUAAUAUUCUUGUGGGAACAAAGUUAAUGUUCAAAUAAACUGCAGUAUUCAGCAUCUUAUUCAUAAUCUUCCUAUAUAGCCUCAGUUAACAAAAACCUUCAACUCAAGGCCAAUGCUAAUUAAGUUUCUAAAUAUGAUAUGUCAUGGGAUACAGUUUCUAGUCAGAAUUGCUACAAUAAUAGUGCUACAGACAACCUCUUCUAUGUUGGUGUCCUCCUCCACAUAAUUGUGUUUGUUUCAAAAUAGUCCUAUAUAGAAUACUAUACCUUUCUACUCCUGUUUACCACAUUCUUUCUGAGUUUCUAAAUAUGUUUAAACAUUUACUUGAAAAUAACAUUUUCCAUUAUAAUAUCGUCAUUGUAACUGUGUUUAGUGGGCCAAUGAAAAGAGGUCCACUGAUUGGCAGAGAUGAUUUUUGGAGUAGAAAUGAAAAAGCAGAUAAAGUGGUCACAUCACAUAAAUUGGGGCGGGUAUCUCUUUUGAAAACAUACAAUACCAUACCAUAUUAAUAUCAUAUCAUUUUUAUAGUAUAGCAGCAAAAGAAAACUAGUACUAACAAACAAACCCACGUUCCUAUUUAACAACCUAACCGUCUCAGUCCUACUAGAGCUACUACAACUCUUCACUUUUGGUCUCUAUUUUGUUCUCUUAAGUCAAGAAAUCAAACAAUGAAGUGGAGUGGAAGAAAACCUUCUUCAGCUUCUUCUUCAAAACCUUCCUUCAUCUCUCAUGUAUCCUCUUUUUCAUGGCUGUUAAAGUUCAAGCAAAUGAAAAUCAACUCAGACUCAGAAGCAAAAUCCGAAAAGCUGAUGCAGAACUCCCCGUCUGAUGGUUCAUCACAAUUUCCUUGUGGGAAUAGAGGCAGGUUUUAUGGAGGUAAUGAUGAUGCAUUCUGGAGAUUGUCAUUUGGUGAAGAGUUUACUAAUGACCAAAAGAAGAAAAGUAAAGAUAUUCUGAAGCCAGUAAUGUACAGUUUGGAUGCAAGAAGACAUGGAAGAAGAAGAGGAAGAGAAGAUAGAAAAUUGCUUAAUGAAACAAAGAGUGCAAAGGAAGUUGAAUGCUUAAAGAGGAGAUAUGAGAGGAAAGCACAAAGAGUUUUACAAGAGCAGCUCUUGAAAUUACAGAAUGCAGCAGAGGAAGCUGAAUUUGAAUCACCAAGAACCCAAUUAUUUUCCUCUUAUGUAGAUGCAGAAAGUUCUGGUCUUGGAUUUAAAAGUGAGGAGUUUAAAGCAAAGGUUAACAAAAGGAGGGAAUCAGUUCAUGUGAGCAGAGAGCUGCAGAGGAGGAAACCAAAGCAGAGUUCCAAGGUAAGAGUACAUUCUCCAAAGAUGGCUACUAAGGUUGAAAUACGCAAAAUAAAGGCGAUAGAAGACAAAAAGAAAGCAAAACUAAAGAUGAAGAAAGAAGAGGAAAUUGUGGAGGAAACAGACGAAGGGUUAGAUAGUUUUGCUGUUGUCAAGUGUUCUUUGGAUCCACAACAAGAUUUUAGAGAUUCAAUGAUUGAGAUGAUCAAAGAGAAACAUAUCAGUCAGCCAGAAGAAAUGGAAGAGUUAUUAGCGUGUUAUUUGAGUUUGAAUUCCAAUGAAUUCCAUGAUAUCAUUAUCAAAGCGUUUCGACAGGUAUGGUUAUGCAUGAGCCAAUCAAGUUUGUGUAAUAAAUCAGACAAACAAUGUUGUUACUAUGAUUAGCACCUUCCUGUUAAAAUUGUAAAUAGUUGAUCUUGUUUCAAGUUAUAAUCUGUAAUUUAUAUCCUCUUCAUAGACUUUGCACAUGAACAAGUUCUUUGUGCAUGCAAAUCCGUAUAGUACUCAAAAAUUAUGGA